CAUGCAAACACUACGCAGAAAAAUGGCAUCAUGCUCAACACCACUGUUGUACCUCUGCCUACUGCUGGUGCCAUGCCUUCUUCUCUUGGAAGAAGCGCAUGCGGCGCGCCAUGGAGGGAUCUUGCUGAGGUCUCAACGCAUGGCCCUCCUCCGCUGGAAAGCUACACUUGCAGGCCCACUGCUGCAGAUGAGCUUUUGGCAGGAAAACACCAGCCCGUGCAACUGGACAGGCAUCAUGUGCAUGGCUGUUCGCCAUGGCCGCCGUGUACCCUGGGUGGUGACGAACAUCUCCCUUCCGGAUGCGGGCAUCCAUGGCCAAUUUGGUGAGCUCAACUUCUCGGCUCUUCCAUUCCUCGCAUAUAUUGACCUACAUAACAACAGUCUCCAUGGUGCACUGCCUGCUGGUAUCAGCUUGUUGUCAGCACUUUCGGUACUUGGCCUUACCUACAACCAGCUCACAGGGAAAAUUCCUAAUGAGAUUGGUGGUCUGCAAAGUCUCAUGCAGCUUGAUCUCUCAUUUAACAGAUUCACAGGACAUAUCCCUGCGUCUCUAGGCAACCUGACAAUGUUAACUUAUCUUGGCAUUCACCAAAACAUGGUAUCAGGUCCCAUUCCUUGGGAGAUUGGAAGGCUUGUCAAUCUACAAAUUCUACAGCUAACCAACAACACCUUAAGCGGCAUGAUACCAAAAACCCUUGGAAAUCUGACCCAACUAAAUACUUUGUACCUGUUUGGUAAUCAACUUUCAGGGCCUAUACCCCAAGAACUAGGCGGACUAGUUCAUUUGCAAAUCUCCAGCUUCACUUAAAUGAUUUUUCAGGUUCAAUUCCAAUCCCCAUAACCAAUCUCACUAAGAUGAACACACUUACUCUCAAUGAAAAUCAAAUCACUGGUCCAAUACCCCCAGAACUAGGCAAGCUCACUAUGCUCAAUACACUUAGUCUCUAUACAAAUCAAAUCACAGGUCCAAUACCCCCAGAACUAGGCAACCUCACUAUGCUCAAUAUACUUAGUCUCUUCACAAAUCAAAUCACAGGUCCAAUACCAUUAGAAUUGGGCAUGUUAAUAAAUCUCCGGAUUUUAGAAUUGGCCGACAACCAAAUAACCGGUUCCGUUCCCGAAGAGAUUGGCAAUCUACUGAACCUCGAACAUUUAGUCUUGUCUCUGAACCAAAUUUCGGGAUCAAUACCAAAAACUUUCAGGAAGCUGCAAAGCAUCCAAAUAAUGCGAAUCGAGAGUAACAAAUUAUCAGGUUCUCUUCCUCAAGAAUUUGGAGAUGCCAUAAGCCUUGUUAAACUUGCGUUGAAUAACUCACUUUCAGGACCUUUACCAACAAAUAUAUGUUUAGGUGGCAGACUUCAAUAUCUCGUUGUCUCAUCUAAUAUGUUCAAUGGCCCCAUCCCAAGAAGUUUAAAGACAUAUACGAGCUUGGUUCGGAUUAACCUUGAGUCGAACCAACUAACAGGAGAUAUAUCUCAACAUUUUGGUGUGUAUCCACAACUCAUAAGGAUGAGCUUGGCAUCGAAUAGACUCUCUGGGCAAAUCUCUCCGAAUCUAGGUGCAUGUAUCCAACUAACGGUGCUAGAUCUAGCACAAAAUAUGAUCACGGGUUCCAUACCUCCAAUCCUUUCUGAAUUGUCCAACCUAGUAGAGUUGAGACUCGAUUCUAAUCAUCUCAGGGGUGAGAUUCAAACAGAAAUCUGCACUUUAACUAAUCUAUAUAGCAUGAACUUAUCAUCGAACUAGUUAUCUGGAUACAUACCUACACAAAUAGGCAAGCUAAGCAAUCUAGGAAACCUUGAUAUAUCUGGGAACAGACUGGAUGGAUUAAUACCUGAGGAACUAGGGGCAUGCACAAAACUACGGUACUUGAAGAUUAACAACAACAAGUUCAGUGGGAGUUUGCCUGGUGCGGUUGGAAAUUUAGGAGCCCUGCAGAUCAUAUUAGACGUGAGCAACAAUAACCUAAGUGGUGUGUUGCCGCAGCAAUUUGGGAAGUUGGAGAUGCUAGAAUUUCUGAAUUUAUCACAUAAUCAGUUCAGUGGCAGCAUUCCAUACUCCUUUGCAAGCAUGGCAAGCCUUUCAACACUUGAUGUGUCCUACAAUGACUUGCAAGGACCAGUCCCAGCAGCACAGCUACUCCAAAAUGCUUCAGCAAGUUGGUUUCUUCCCAAUAAAGGUCUGUGCGGUAACCUCUCUAGCCUGCCACCUUGUUAUUCAAAUCCAGUAGCUGGUCACCAUAAACGGAAGAUACUUGGUUUGUUUUUGUCAAUUGUUCUUCUGGCGGGUUUCGGCAUUGUUGCUGCAAUUGUUGUUAUAAUAAUACUUACUCAUAAGAAGAGAAAACCACAAGAAAGUGUUACCGCUGAAGCAAGGGAUCUAUUUUCUGUUUGGAAUUUUGAUGGAAGAUUGGCAUUUGACGAUAUUGUAAGGGCAACAGAAGACUUCGACGAUAAGUACAUCAUUGGAACAGGAGGAUACGGCAAAGUCUACAGGGCACAACUCCAUGAUGGGCAGCUGGUUGCUGUCAAGAAGCUUCAUCAGACCGAAGAAGAGUUGGAUGAUGAAAGAAGAUUUCGUAGUGAAAUGGAAAUCUUAACACAGAUCCGACAAUGAAGCAUCGUCAAAAUGUAUGGAUUCUGCUCCCAUCCAACAUAUAAAUUUCUCGUCUAUGACUACAUUCAGCAGGGAAGCCUCCACGGAAUAUUGGAAAAUCAGGAGCUAGCAAAGGAAUUAGAUUGGAAGAAGAGAAUUGCUCUUGCAACUGAUGUGGCUCAAGCAAUAUCUUAUUUGCACCACGAAUGCAGUCCACCUAUAAUCCAUCGAGAUAUCACAAGCAACAACAUCUUACUUGAUACAUCCUUCAAAGCUUUUGUCUCGGAUUUUGGCACGGCAAGGAUUCUUAAACCCGAUUCAUCAAACUGGAGUGCACUAGCAGGAACAUAUGGCUACAUAGCUCCUGAACUGUCGUACACAUCUGUUGUGACAGAGAAAUGUGAUGUCUAUAGCUUUGGCGUGGUGGUGCUAGAGCUAGUGAUAGGGAAGCAUCCAAGGGAUCUAUUAGACGGUAGUUUAUCAAGCGGGGAACAAGCUAUACUUGUGAAAGAUAUUCUGGACCAACGACCGACAACACCAACAACAACAGAAGAGAAGAGCUUAGCUCUGCUCAUCAAGCUGGCCUUCUCUUGCUUGGAAUCUUCUCCACAAGCAAGGCCAACCAUGCUGGCGGCGUGCCAAAUGCUCAUCCAGCAACCUUGUUCUAGUUCAAGUCCCAUGCCUUUCAACGCACUUACAUUACAGCAAGGGAUGCACGUUGAUAUAUGAUCCGAAUUCUAGUGAGAAGCCAGGGUCUAUCUUGGCGGAGGUCGAUAAAAUGUUUCCACUUUUGACUUGAGUCACUCAUAUUCCACCUAUAUAUACCCCAUGUAUACCAACAUGGGAUGAGUUGAUGGCUUAUUGUAAGUCUAUGUA